AGUUCGUACUUUUGGACUAAAUUAGAUUCCAGCAAGAACAACAGUUUACCUUGAAAAGAGAAAGCAUAAUUGUUUUAUCGCUCCGGCCCCGCCGUGGCGCUGCACAGGUGCACAGGGGCUGGUGGUCCGUCCCCAGGCACGGCCCCGGUCCCUCCCACUGCGCCUGCGUCCCGCGACACGCCGAGAGAGAGAGAGAGACAAACAGAGCAGCUAUUGUUAGCCUGGUUUCUCCUCAGUGCCAGAGUUUAUCCCACACUCUUCAUCUACCUGCUGGACAUUAGCACCUGUCACGGAACAAAGCGAAACGGAGGAAGAAGAGUGUUCGUGGGAAGGUGCGUGGAAAAGACGGAAGGAAGGGAAUCAAUCGAGGAAAGCGAGUAGGAAAUAAGGAAGUAAAUAAGGAGAGCUCCUCGUCUGGAAGUCAACAGGUACUUCAAUGUGAGAACAGCGACUCACACUUUUUAAAAAAUAUAUAUUACAUUCAGAGUUUAAAAAAAAACACAAGAAAAACUCGUUACGAUGCCACUGGGACCGUGGAGGAAGAAAAACAAGUCGACGAAGGAGCAUUUGGUGGACAACGAGGAGGUGAGCGGCGGUCACGCAGGUGCCGGGAGCGCAGGGAAGUCCGCGGUGAACGGAGCGGGACUCCCGCCUCCACCCACCGACCUGCGGCCCAAGCUGGUGUUCCACACGCAGCUGGCGCACGGAAGCCCCACCGGGAGGAUCGAGGGCUUCACCAACGUCAAGGAGCUGUACGGCAAAAUAGCCGAGGCCUUUAACAUCAGUCCACCUGAGAUGCUGUUCUGCACUCUCAACACCCACAAGAUCGACAUGGACAAGCUGCUGGGGGGGCAGAUCGGCCUGGAGGACUUCAUCUUUGCCCACAUCAAAGGGACCAAGAAGGAGGUGGAAGUUUAUAAAUCUGAGGACGCCCUCGGCCUCACCAUCACCGACAACGGAGCGGGCUACGCCUUCAUCAAGCGUAUCAAGGAGGGCAGUGUGGUGGACAGGGUGAAGGUCAUCUCUGUGGGCGACCACAUAGAGUGCAUCAACGGACACAACAUCGUGGGGACGCGGCACUACGAGGUGGCCCGCAUGCUGAAAGAGCUGCCCAGAGACAAGUCCUUCACGCUGAAGCUGGUGGAGCCCAUGAAGGCGUUCGAAAUGCUUGAGCCCAGGUCAAAGGGAGCCAAACCUGCCAGUGACAACAAGAUCGGCACAGGGAGGGGGACGCUGAGGCUCCGCGCCAAGGGUCCAGCUACGGUGGAGGAGGAGCCGACAGAGUUUGAGGAGAAGGCAGUGAAGAAAGUGGACGACCUUCUGGAGAGCUACAUGGGCAUCAGAGACACUGAACUGGCUGCUACGAUGGUGGAGGUCGGCCGCGACAAGAAGAAUCCAGAUGAGUUUGCCAUGGCCUUGGACGAAACCCUCGGAGAUUUCGCUUUUCCGGACGAAUUUGUCUUCGAUGUGUGGGGAGCCAUCGGCGACGCCAAGCAGGGGAGGUUUUAGGUCUCUGAAUCUCUCACAUACACACACACACACAGAUAACACACAUUGAAAAUCCCAAAGGCCAAGUGGACAAACAACAACCAGCACAGGCGAAGGUUGGUUUAGUUUUUACAAAGACGUUCCAUGAAAAACGGGAACGUCUCCAUGACUGUACAUAGAAUUCUUCCAGAGGUCUCCUCUCUCCACCUCGGAGGUGGGACUGCUCCUCACUGCUCCUCAGUCUCAGCCGCUCCACCAGCAGACAGUGACGCGUCACCCGUUCUAAAACGGUACCUGCACAACUUUCUAUUCCAAAGCAACCACUUCAUUUUUAAUGACUUGUUAAAGCUGUAAAUUACUCACGUCCUUUUUUUAAUCUGUGAAAAAGCAGCUCUUCCUGCAGCAGCGGCCUCGUGAUUGUAGAAAUGUUUCUGCCUCAGAAUAUUUUAUUUAACUUUAAAAAAAAAAAAACUUUUACAUUUGACUUCGCUCACAUUCCUAACAUUACUUUUUGAUUUUUUUUUUCUCAUCCUUCCCGGUGCAAACAUCAGAGACUGAGCAAUAACUAGAUCUUUUUUUUUUUUAUCCUUUUAUCAAAUGUGACUCCUCUUGUUCCUCUUCUUAAAUGCAGUUUUUAUGAUUUAUUCAUAUUUAGAGAAGCACAUGUGGUUUUAUUCUUUCUCUAAUUUAUUAUAUCUUUUUAAAAACAAAAAUCAUAUUUUCUACACUAAGACUUGGCUCCACAGGAAGGAGAAUCCAGAACAGGAACGGUUACAAAUCCAGUGUCUUAAAUGAAAGCACUCAUGUUUAUGUAACAGCACUGUGUAAAAUCACUGUAUGUAACUGGAUUUAAAAAGUGACUUGAUUCAAGUGUCGUCUACUGAUGUUUAACGGCAGGUUCUCACCGUUGGACCAACCAUAAGGGAUCAGUCUUGUUGGGUAGACAAUAAAAUUUGAUAUAGUUA